UAAAAGACCUAAAUUGAUAACUUGUUUCUGCCAGUUUCGAAACAUACUUAAUAAGAGAAGGGGGCUUACUCAGACUCACGUCUCCAAAAACAUACAAGUUAUUCGCACACGCAUGCUAGGCACAACCUUGAGGUAAGCUAAAUAAUUUUCAUCAGUAUGCAUCUGACACUGGGCCAGAAUGGACCCAUUCACUGUUGGUCUCGUGCUCGUUUUUCUGCUGCUAUUGUACAAAUUCAGCACUCGCAACCACGAACACUGGCACCUCAAAGGGGUUGCAAGCGUGGGUGCGGCGCCGUUCGUCGGUUCCCUCUGGCCCGUGCUGUCAUUGCGUGAGCACAUGUCAGACUUUUUCACUCGACUCUACAAUGAGCACAAAGGCAAAAGGUUCAUCGGCUAUUUCCAGGGGAACGUGCCGGGGCUGCUGGUCCUGGACCCUGAACUCGUAAAGUCAGUCACCAUAAGCGACUUCUCUCACUUUGUUGAUCACGGAUUCAAGAUUGAUCCUGAAAGCAACCCCGUGACGUCACGAAGUUUGUUGAUUAUGAACGGCAAAAAGUGGAAAGAAAUGCGCAACACGUUGUCACCAACAUUUACUUCAGGAAGGAUCAAAGAAAUGUUUCCGCUGGUGCACGAGUGCAGUGUCAAUUUGGAAAAUUUUUUACGCAAUCAUCAACGCCAAAAUCUUAAUAUUAAGGAUUUGCUCGCAAGGUUCACAACUGACGUCAUAGCAACUUGCGCUUUCGGACUCUCUGUGAAUUCGGUCAAAAAUCCAAGUGACAAGUUCAGGGAAAUGGGUAGAAAAAUGUUUGAAAUAGAUGCUGUCCAGGGAUUAAAAAAUGUUUGCCUUAUUUUUAUUCCCAGUGUUGCUAGAAUAUUGAAAUUAAGCUACUUAAAGCCAGAGCUGACCUUAUUUUACCGCAGUCUCGUGAAGAACAUUAUCGAGAAAAGGACGAAAACCGGUAACACUCGGAAAGAUUUCAUGCAACUGCUGAUUCAGCUGAAGGAGAAAGGCAAAUUAGGCACGAUUGAAGGCGAACCAGAAGAAAACAACGAUUCAACAGCUUCUUUGAAAUUGACUGAUGACGAUAUCGUGGCCCAAGCGGUUAUCUUUUUCGUCGGGGGCUUUGAGACGUCUUCGUCGAGUUUGACUUUCGCGCUAAUGGAAUUAGCCCGGCAUCCAGAAGUUCAGCAAAAGGCCCGAAACAAUAUUAAAGAAGUUUUACACCGUCACGGAGGUGAAAUGAGUUACCAAGCAUUGCAGGAGAUGACAUACCUCGAUAAUAUAGUUCAAGAGGCUCUUCGAAUGUACCCGCCGAGCGGAUUUUUGAACCGAGUUUGCACGAAAAAAUACACCAUUCCACAAACUAAUGUUACUAUAGAAAAAGGAACAUUUGUGUACAUUCCUGUUCGCGCCCUUCAAAACGACCCUAAUUACUUCGAGGACCCGCAAAUUUUCAACCCUGACCGGUUCAACGAUGGAAACUUGACUAAGAACAAAAAUUUGUUUCUGGCAUUUGGUGAUGGACCCCGUCAGUGCAUAGGAAUGCGAUUUGCCAAAAUGCAAUCCAAACUUGGACUUUUUGCCUUCUUAUGUCACUUUGAGGUCAUGCAAUCGCCAAAGACUGUGUAUCCCCCUAUCAUGGACCCAAGGCAAAUGUUUUUGUCUGCGAAAGACAGCAUUUCCAUUCAACUUAUUGAGGCAUAAAUUGAGUGAUAAAUAUACAACAUGAUAUUCAAUUUUUUGUUAGUCAACAAUAUUUAACCAGUGCAGCAUUUUCUGCCAGCUAGCAUUUUCCUUCAGGGUGGUAAAACCGAAGAACGACCUCUGUCACUCGAAUCAAGGACUAUAUUAUCGUGGCCUAAUUCCCCUUCUUAUGCAAAUAGCAUCUGUGGUUACUUUUCAGAGAGCAAUGAUAUAAAGCUAUUGUGAUUUCGGCUCAGUGCGGCGAGAGAUUAUACCUGUAUUUGUUUUUAAUUUUUUUUGCAAUAUUUUGCUACCUCUUUUUAACCAUUUCUUGCUUUUUAUCCUUUUUAUCUUUCAAUAUUUUGUGUUAUGUAUAUUGAAUGCAAGAAUAAAUAUAAAAGAAAAAUCUAACUGAGUUGGAUCGAUUCAGAGAUCCUAACUACUUUAUUAAGUACAAUAGAAAAAUGUAUUUUUUGACAUUGAUCUGAAAAAAAAUCUCUUUUUAAAAAUUAUUGCAGAGUUAAUAAACUGUAUCCCUCUCACGGUAAACUAAUUUAACAUUCUACUAUAGCCUUUUCAUAAUUUAUUUUGUAAUGAAACACAGAAUAUCAUAUAAAAAUAUUUAACCAAAAAAUA